UAAAAUCCAUAUGUGCCAUCAUGAAUCGUAGCGAGAGAGAAAGAGAAGGGGAGCAAAGAUGCAGAUAUUCGUGAAAACCCUAACCGGAAAGACCAUAACUCUAGAAGUAGAGAGCAGCGACACCAUUGACAAUGUCAAGGCCAAGAUUCAAGACAAGGAAGGAAUUCCACCUGACCAGCAGCGAUUGAUUUUCGCUGGAAAGCAGCUUGAAGAUGGAAGAAUCUUAGCUGAUUACAAUAUCCAGAAAGAAUCGACCCUUCAUCUUGUGUUGAGACUUAGGGGAGGGAUUAUUGAGCCUUCUCUUAUGGCCUUGGCUCGCAAAUACAAUCAGGACAAGAUGAUUUGCCGCAAGUGUUAUGCUCGUCUGCACCCAAGGGCUGUAAACUGUCGGAAGAAGAAAUGUGGUCACAGCAAUCAGUUAAGGCCUAAGAAGAAGAUCAAGUAGACCCGUAUGGAGAGUGCAUGUUGGCCAGUUAAAGUUUUCAGUAUUAGAUUUUGGACCUUAUUGGACUUUUUUGCUAUUUCGAACAUGUGAAAUCUUGAUUUGGCAAGGCCAUUUUGCAAUCAGAUUUUAUAGAAUGCUAUUGAAUGGAGCAAGUUUUAUUAAUGUGGAAUCCUGAUAUUCUGUGUCA